CGCAGAGGGAGCCUGAGGCAAUUGAGGUGCCUGAGUUGGAAGAAAUAGUUGAUACUAGCUACUCAUACUAUGAUGAUGCUCCGGAGAAUAACCACGAGAGAUCUGAGGAGGAUGAAGAUGAACCGGAGGAUGAACCUCAAGCCCUCCCCCUAUAUUUUACCCAAAGAUCUCAGACUGUUGGAAAUAGACCUCAUACAGUUCAACCAACCACUGUUAGAGAACUUGGCAAUGCUCGGAGAAAAUCAACUGGUGCGGUAGCAGAGGUCAUUGCUUCUUCCGACACAUCGGUGGAUGUGAUACAGGUUCGACUCUAUCUCGCUCAUUGA